GAGCGGAAGUCGGGAGGCGGGGCUGAGCCCGGACCUGGGAGCGGAAGAGGCCGGGGGUGCUGGCUGAGGCGCGGAGACCGUUCGGCGGCGAGUCCCGGGCCAGCCCGAGCUCAAAGUCCCAGACCCCGGGAGACGCCAGAAGAAGCUGAAGCACUUGGGGUUCCGGAGCAGUCGCCGCUGGCUGCUGCUGCUCUUCUGCCUGUGCACCGCGGACGCCGCCGCCCCCGCCGCCUGAGGACGCGGCCCUGACAGGCUUCUAGGCCUAGGCGCGGCCCCAGGAGCCCGUCGUGUUGCUGCCGGUGCUGCUGUGAGUAAUACGAGCGCCCUCUCCACAGUCGUUUACAAAUUAAAAUGGAGGAAAUUUCGUUGGCUAACCUGGAUACUAACAAGCUAGAGGCCAUCGCUCAGGAGAUAUACGUAGACCUAAUAGAGGAUUCUUGUUUGGGCUUCUGCUUUGAGGUGCACCGGGCAGUCAAGUGUGGCUACUUCUACCUGGAGUUCGCAGAAACUGGUAGCGUGAAGGAUUUUGGCAUUCAGCCAGUGGAAGAUAAAGGAGCAUGCCGCCUCCCGCUUUGCUCCCUUCCUGGAGAAUCUGGGAAUGGGCCUGAUCAGCAGCUGCAACGCUCACCCCCAGAAUUCCAGUAGCUGCAACAUGAGAGAGUCAGAGAGUGACCAGGACAAUAACAUAGACCGGUCCUGUGGUUUGGAGAAGUUAGGUAUCUAAGUAAAAAAAGAAAAAAAAAGAAAAAAGAAAGAAAGAAAGAAAAAAAAAAAAGAAAUCAAAGUCCCAAUUCUCAUUGAACAUCCUAGCCUUUAAAAACCCAAAGUGGAGAAUUUAGGAAUUCGGAUCCUUUUAUAAGUAUAUUACCUGGAAUCAGCUUUGAAACCCUGGGCAGGAGGAGCUGUGCAUCCUGUGCACCGUACCAUGCAGGUUGAUCUCUACACCAGCGAAGUGCACAAGAUCCCUGUACUGUCCCCAGUGCACAGGUGAGCAGCUGUGUGCCCAGUGUAUAAAUCCUUUGGUUCCUCAGCCUUUCUGUCUGCCUGAUGUCAAGGGCUUUCUGGAUAACUGACAGUUUGGACAUAGCUGAUGGUCAGGCCUUAAUCGUUGGGCCUCAGUGGGACUGCUCCUCUGAUCUCUGAGCCUCUGAUUUGGAUUUCUCCAAGACAAAUGAAAGUCAGGUAUGAGAUCUGGAUAUUAACAGUUCCAAUUUGGGAAAACCAAGAAAAAGAAUUACAACUGAAUCUGGUAGGGGAAGCUCUGUGAUCUUGGCUCCAACAAGAAGAAAAGGUCAAAGCUACCAGUUUCCCAAAGGUCCAGCAUUACAGUGACUUGAACGGACUUGGGGACAAGGGCUAACCUUUUGCUGAACAGAGCCCUUUGUCUUGCACCCCACCCGGUGGCAUAGGCUUAUUAAAUGGACAACUUGGUUAUCCAGGCAGGCUGAGGAUUUAGUUAUGAUCCCUUAAGGAGGUAGCAGGGGCCUCUGCAACUAUGCACGAUCUCUUAAACUGCAAGAUUCAUACCUGGAUGUAUUAUGCUGUGAACAACAGUUUGGUGGGGCAGUCAUUUUCUUACUCUGAGUUACUAGUUACCUAGCCAGUCCAUGUGUCUGACUUGGUCAUUAUGCCAGGUCACUACCUGCCUCCUAUGCCAGGGUUAGGCCUGAAUUAUAGAAGAGCAUAAUGGCUGUGCAGGAGACUGAUUUGAAAGCUGAGGCCAGAGGGGACCUCUUCCAGCUGCCCUCUAUGUUAAUGGGUUAGUACUAGGAGCCAAGGAGCAAGACUGGGUCGUCUCUCAUCUGACUACAGUAUCCUAUUGAAUGCCCCUGUUCUUGGGUUGGGCAGUCAAAGCUCUGUUCUAGUGAAUAUCUAGACUGUCACCACCUCUGCCCCUCAGGAGGGGCAGCCCCUUCCAUUCAGUCCCUUUUGGACAUUCUUGACAACAAGAGCUGUCUUUUUGUUGUCAGGAGUCAGGGAAUGGGAUAGGCAAGGAUGGGAAAUGUGAGCCACAUAUCAAAACUACCCUCCACUUUACUCCCUGAUCGAGGGUUUAUGAAGUGUAGAGGGGUGAGAACCCCAAAGUGAGCGGGAACGGUGCUGCUUUAUUUGAAAUGUUUUCUUACCUCAUUCUGUGCCCCAGUAAGGGGCCCAGCCUCAUCUGUCUGGCUUGGCCCCAUGUUCCUACUGUCCCCUGCUCCACUGCCUAUCUGGUGCAGCUCACGACCCCAGGUGCUGCCUACUACCCUGCUUUCACACUGACCAGUUUCAAUUCAUCUCUCUUGAUGCUCCUGCUUCUUAAGCCUGCCCAGUUUCGCUUUCCUUGGCUUCUUUUAAGUUUUUUUUUUUUCUUGGGAUUUGUUUUUUUUUUUCCUUUUUCUUUUAGGAGAUCCAGAGAAGAAUCUUUCUGGUGGGUUCCUCUGUUGGGAUUAAGAUGGGGAGAGAACAUAAUUUUUUGUGUAUGAAAGGCAGUGUCAUGCCUAAGCAUUUUCCUAUAGGGCUGCCUUGCUAGAUGCCUUCCUGCUGUGUCCUACUUCAUAAGGAGUUACAUCUUCCCACCUCCAUUUGGAUACUGCCUCUUAGGACCUAAGCAGAAGACCAGUAAAGGCUGACUGACACACACAGGGAUGGAGUGGGUCCUGAUCUAUUUUCUCUAACCCUUGCUGUGCAUGUAUCCUUCCUUAUCCCAGAAGGAACUGUUUGGACUGUAUGGGCUGAUUUUUGUUACAUAUAGACAUUAAGUGAACCAUAGUGAUAGGGCCUCAGGACUGUCUAUUACUGCAUUCUCCCCCUAGAAUUGUCCUGGUCAGUGUUGAGGUAUAGUUACAGAUUGGUCUUCAAGAAUUGUGCUUUUUAGAAAGUUAAAGCUUGGGAAGAGCUAAAACAAUAUUGGGUUAUCUGCCUUUGACUUUAUAGACAUCUCCUUCUAAGGGGAUGCAGAGGGAAAGGAGGGUCUAAGUGAAACUCUGGCCUACUUCCAGAUAAUGUCUGGGAAACAGGUUGAAGGUAAGGUCAUGGUCCACUCUUCUUCAGAGAGGGAGCUCUGAUUAUGACAUUAUUGUUUCCUUUCUGGUCAUUCUCUUGGUUACAGGAGGAAGAAGUGGAAAGUAAUUUUGAAUAACUUGGUUCAUAUUACCUCCCUCUUGGUUAUUGUUUUUGUUUUUUUGCCCUCCCAUUAUUAGGGCAAUAGCCCUAGGCCUGUCCUGGAUGGGUAUGAGGUGGGCUAGCUCCAACAGGUGCCCUGAGGGGACAAACUAACUCCUUUCUUUUCUGGGGAGUGAAUUCUCCCUACCAUAUAGUUGACAGUGGUUAGGAACUCUCCCUUUCCCUACCUAUCUUCCCUCUAACAGCAGAAUUCCUAUCCUCCCUUCCUUACUCAAUUAAGUAUAUUGAUCACCCUGUAAUUCUAUUAUGUAUCUUGAGUGUGUGUGUGUGUAUGGGGGGAAGGGAUUCUUUACAAAUUUUUGUGGUUUGUGGCUUUUUCUUCCAUACAUUAGUUCCCACCACCGCAUGUCCAGGGGCCAUUGCCUGGCAUUAUCGCAUGCUGGGAUCAUUGGGGAAGUGUAGUGAAGCUCACCACUGUUCUUUGUUUUGGAGAUUAUUAUUUUUGCAUAAGUAGUCCAUCCUAUACAGAUUGCUAACUAACUGUGUAUUCCCCUUGCCCCUAUGGCUGCUGGUGUAAAUAAACUGCAUCUUCCCAUUGGUAAACAGUACUAAUAAAAUUUUAAAAAAUGACCUUA